UACGUUUUAUUUCCAGUCUAUCGCCGAACGAGAAGUGUUGUUUUGAUAACUCGGGAUAACCUCAAAGAUUUGUGUUUUACUUGCGUUUUCUCUUAAAACUACAUACAAGUAACAUUGUAUUGUUUCUAUAGUGUAAAGGUUCUAGAUUUAUACAUAUUCGGCAUGAGGAUUGUGUCAACAAUUGGUUAGGAGAGCAAGAAGUGGUCAGUUGUUAAGUUUGUGAACUGACCCAAAUUGAAAGCGUCUAUCAUGAAAAUGAUUGUGAGAGCAUCAAUGCUGUUGUUACUAGCAACAAGUAUAGUGCACACGAAGCGUCUUGAGAAAUGCGACCAGACUCCGAAGCUGGCGACUGUGAGGACGCCGACAGAGAACAACAACCUGUUCAAACUGACCCUGGUCACCAAGGAGUCUAGGACCCACUAUCUGUCAGAUCAAACGUAUGUUUUGCUGCUAAAAGCGAUGAACGAGACGCGCCCAUUCCGCUGGUUCAUGAUCACAGUGGAAGACCCUGACGUGGACAACCCUUACGAGGUGGAUGAUGAGAAGCUGGCGGUGGACGUCGGCAGUCUGAAGACCCUCGACACCGGCACCCAGACCCGGCACAGCGAGAGCUGCCACAACACCGUGGAGAACGCAGACAACACCGACAAGCAUCAGAUUGAGGUCCACUGGGUAUCCCCGAAGCACAGCGACAGUGACCAGCGCAUCCGUCUCCGGGCUAUGGUGGCGGAGAACGAAGAGGUCUGGUAUGUGGGCACCAACCUCACGAUCACUCUGCAGAAGGACAUCAACAAACCCAUCGAUAGUCCACCGCUGCAGGCCUCCGAUGAGUGCAAGCUUUGCAGCGAGGCGAGGUACGAGGUAAUCUUCCAAGGAGUGUGGUCAAGAGCGACGCACCCACGUCACUACCCCAACAAGCCUGAUGAGAAUGGAUACAGCUUCAUGAUUGGAGCAUCCCACGCAUAUGACUACGUGCUCUGGGAACAAGGAAUGAACGCCUCCAAGGGCCUCCAGAGAUUGGCUGAAGAAGGGGACAUAGAUGAGCUGCAGAAAGAAAUUAUAAGUGCUAUAUCUCCAACUGGAGGCACCAGAACUCUCAUCAGGGGUAAACGCCGACACCAUCCAGACAUGUCCAAGCCAUCCCAUUCCCUCUUCAGAGUGGACCAGAUUCACCACCUCUUCUCCAUCGCAGUGGCCAUGAGGCCUUCCCCUGAUUGGUUCCUGGGCACUUCCAGAUUUGAGCUUUGCAACAAGACUGACUGGCUGAAGUCUGCUGAAAUUCCUUUGUAUCCUUGGGAUGCUGGGACAGUGGAUGGCAUUUCUUACGAGACGCCAAUACCGAAAACAAUGACGCAACCAGUUCGGAACGUGGAGCGAGUCUCAGUAGGGUCCUUCGACGCUCUCUCCCCGUUCUUCCAAAUGAACCUUCGGGACCUGAAACCCUUCGCCAUGCUGAAGGUGCGGAGGCUCGACGUGUUCCCGCACCUGGACGAGGAUUGUGAUGAGGAGCAUCAGCAGCAGAAUGCUGAGGAGGAAGCGGAAGAGGAGGGUGACAAUCCAGAAGAGCUAUCAGAGCCGCAAGUCCUAGGCUGGAGUGAGGGUGCUUCGUGCGUCCAGUGGGGGGACUGGUCCCCGUGCCUGCUGGACGGGGGCGUCUGCGGCGUCGGCAACCAGGUCCGCUUCCGGGAGAACAGGGGAGAGAGCUUGGGAGAGGGAUACCAGGAGCUGACAUCCGUCGACGAUCAUUGCCCAGGAGUAGAAGAGACCACGCAAACUAGGGAAUGUUACGUGCCCUGUAGUUAGGUGAUCAUCAGGCUAAUGAUUAUGAUGAUUGUAUAAAAAUUUUAUACAGCAUAGCAUAAUAUGCUGACUCCAUUUUGCUGGCACAAUACACACCACAAUUAUUUGACCAAUUCUUCUAAUUGAAUUGUAUAAAUAUGUAUGUAUUCGUGAUUUCGUGAUGUGUAUUUUAUGAGCAAAUUAAUUGUGUGUAUGAUUGAGAUGCAAAUGAUUGAUAGCUUAAUUUUAUUAUUUGUUAUUCUUACUUAGGCAGCCUACUUAGUCAGGCUACUUAGUUAAAUAGUGCUUGCUAUUAAGUUAUUAAUAUUGUGCCUACCUAUCUAGGUCUGCUAACUAAUAAAAAUACUUUUCUGUUACCCACCCUAUAGACGAAACUUUAACAAUCCUUAGAUUAGACAAAAUUUAUUUUACAAACAACCAGCAGCAAACACUUUACCACUUUAAUAAACUAAUUAUAAUUAAAA